AAAUUGUAACAAGAAUAGUCAAUCGGAGAAAAUCGCCGACAUGCCUCAUACAAGUCAUACACGACAUGCAAGUUCUUCCGGUGAUGAUUUAGGAAGUACGGACGAGGUUAAAGUCUUCAAGGAUGAGGGUGAUCGCGAGGAUGAAAAGAUUUCAUCCGAAAAUUUAUUGGAAGAAAAGUCUAGCUUAAUUGAUUUAACGGAAAGUGAGGAAAAAAGUGGAAAAAUAUCAACCCCUUCUGGUCAUAGCCCUGUUUUCAACAAAAUUGAGCCGCACACAUCCACGUACAAUAUGGGUUAUUUGGUAUCUCCUUAUCCUUAUUCCAAUGGAUCUGCUGCAACAUUACCUGUUACAAUGACAAACAAAAUAGGUUUGCCAUGUUUUUUUAGUCACAAUGGAGAUCACCUAAAUACACCCCCACCGGCACAUUGUGGAAUUCCGCCGUAUCAAAUUGAUGGAAAAUCUAUAAACUUGGGAAGACCGGCUAUUUACCCGUUUCCAUCUAGCCAGUACCCAUAUCCAAUGAUCAGUCCUGAUAUGUCGCAGGUAGCGACUUGGCAUACCCCGUCUGUAUACUCGGCUGCUUCCAGUUUUAGAACUCCAUAUCCUUCUUCCCUUCCUAUCAAUUCCACGUUGUCCAGCGACUUCUCUUUUCGAUUUUCACCAAACAUUUUACCAUCAGUGCACACAUCGCAGCAUCAUAUGCUUGGAACGCAUCCCGCUAUUGCACCAUCAGGGUCGAAGCAUGAUAGUAACAGUGAUAAUGUAAAUCCACGUUUUGCGAAAACUGUUGAUAACAAGAAUUCUAAGAACACACAAGUUCAUGACAACAGCAAAGACAACUGUUCAGAAAAAAAGAAGCCGCAUAUUAAAAAACCUUUAAACGCUUUCAUGUUGUACAUGAAGGAAAUGAGAGCAAAAGUUGUUGCGGAAUGUACUUUAAAAGAAUCGGCUGCUAUCAACCAAAUAUUGGGUAGGCGAUGGCACGAAUUGUCAAGAGAAGAACAAAGCAAAUAUUACGAAAAAGCACGCCAAGAAAGGCAAUUGCAUAUGGAAUUAUACCCUGGGUGGAGUGCAAGGGAUAACUACGGUUACGUAUCUAAAAAGAAAAAGAGAAAAAAAGACCGUUCGCCUGCUGAUUCCGGAGGCAAUAAUAUGAAAAAAUGUCGAGCACGUUUUGGGCUUGAUCAGCAAAAUCAAUGGUGUAAGCCUUGUAAGCGAAAGAAAAAGUGUAUUCGCUACAUGGAGUCUAUUGGAAUGAACUGCAACAGUGUAAGGGAGGAACAAUAUGAUUUAGACGAUAUGGACGGCCAACGUAGCGAUGAUGAUGAUAUUGAUAAUGACAAUAUUGGUAGUUGUGAUAGCGCUGAUGAUAAUGGAAAGCCCUACGACGACGAAGAGUCAUUAAAUCACAGUCUCUCAAGUCCCAGUGGUUUCUCCAGUUUUCAAAGUCCACCAACUAGUUUGACCAGCCCCUCUAUUGUUCAAAAUUCCGACUCCUUGAUUGCUAUUAGUGACCAAAAUCACAAUAAUUCGAAUUUACAGCAGCAAAGUAAAAUCCACCAGCAUUAUCAACCGUCCAUUUCUAUGUCUUCUUUAUGUCCGCCGCAAAAUUCUGUGUAUGAAAUUGCAGGGAACACUCAGAGUUCAAUAUCGAAUCUUAUAUCAACACUUACGGCGACUUCCUCACCCUCAAAUAAGUCUAUCGCUUCGUAUAGCUCUGGAAGUUCCAGCUCUUGUUCAACCACGUCCACAACAAUACCGGCUUCGUUAUCAGACCGUAUGAUGCGCUCUAUUCUUACAAGCAGCCCGGCAAUGUUACUUGGAAACCGUUUAAGUCAUCUCGCUAUGGGCCUUGCUAUGAAUAAUAAUAAUAACAAUGCAGUUGGAAGCGCAACAUCUAAUAUGAAUAGCGACAAAGUAUAUAAUGUUUUUGAUAACGUUGGGAAUGUAAAUGUUUGCCCCACAUCAGCUACUACAUCAAUUCAUUCUAACAUAUCAAAUGGAUCAAUUAAUCAACCUUCCAUUACAACAAAUGCUGUACACCAUGCGGAUUCUGAUAAAGUAAUUGCAUCUACUCCUUCAGAAAUAAUUCCCUCAACGAAGUUACCUCUUGUAGCUGAAUCAUGCCACAUAAUAAAUACCAAAACCACUUCUAUAAACGUCCCCCUUCAAAGAAGUCCAGUAGGAGCAAAUCCUAGAGAUGUAAACAAUCCUCUAAGUAUUAACCAGCUUACAAAAAGAACACAUGACGACAAUGUUCCGGAUAUAAAUAACUGCAACCUUAAUGCAAAUAAUUCACUUUCGGCAAAAAAAGAUUGUCAAAUUUUACAAUCGACAACCAUGAGUUUCCAACGUACCCAUUCAACACAACAUAUGCAAUCCACCCUGACAUUACCACCACCAUCACCUAGUGCCAUAUUUAACAACUCGUUUUCUCAACACUUUCAACAUAAAUUUAAUCAGCAUUUGAUAUCAACUACUGUUGACAAUGGAACAAGUUCUUCAGUGCCCUCAGUUGCCACUCAAACUACCGACACAAGUCACAACAGUAUUAAUAGUGGUGAUACCGAUGUCAGCAGAAAAACUUCCCCGGAUGCAACAACGAAUGAAAGCGGUGCCAUAAACGUAACAUAA